AUGCCCCAGUGCCGCUUCUGCCUCGAAGAUGCGGACGAAGACCAGCUCAUCGCCCCCUGCAACUGCGACGGCUCGCACAAGUUCGUGCACCAGGAAUGCCUCGCGGAGUGGCGGCGCGGCCGCUUUCCGGGCGCCCGGCGGCGCUGCAACGUGUGCAACGCGAAGUGGACCACCAAACCACCGCCGCGGGCCGAGCGCGAGUUCUUCGCGCGCGCCGUGAAGACGGCGCCGCGCUACCGGCCGGCGGCGCGCGACGUCGCGCACGCGGCCGCGCUGCGGGCCCUCCUGCAGUCGGCCGGCGGGCUCAUCGCCCAGGCGCCGCGCCGGGCCGAGGCCGAGGCCGAGGCGCUGCAGGGCGACGACGCGAUCCUCACCUGGGCGACGGACGCGAACGCCGCGGCCGCGCGCGCGCGCGAAGCCGCCGAGGCGCCGGCGCCCGCGCCCGCGCCGAGCGUCGAGGACGCGGCGGCCGGCUGGGCCGCGGAGGCCGGCCGCGCCGUCGACGCGCGGCGGCCGUUCGUACGCAGCGCAUAAAUCAAAUUGUCGCGGCGCGUCUCGCACGCCAUCGACGCGACGCCUGCUUGACGGCGUGGCGGAGUGAUUUCUUGCCGCACAGGUCCUACGAGGCGCCGCCGCCACAGCCACAGCAGCCGCAGCGCCAGUCGUCGCUCGUCGCGCGCUUCCGCGCGGCCCUCGGCGCGCCGGCCCAUCAGCAGCCGCGGCGCGUGGCCGACGCGCUGCCCGGGCCGCCGUCGAUGGCGUCGCUGAUGGUGGCCGUGCUGCGCGCCCGGGCCCAGCGGCACUGGCACCGCGGCGUGUUCCUCAUCCUCUACGUGGGCAAGGGCGCGGCGACCGACGGCUCGGACGCGAUCGUGGCCUGCGGCGUCACGCGGCGCUGUCGGUUGGUGGGCGGCGAGGCGCUCGAGGACGGGGAGGUUGAUGAGGAGGCGGCGCCGUCCCGGCGCCGCGCGUGGCUCCGGUCGGCCGUCGCCGCCGUCGCGCCGCCGGCGUCGUCGUCGGAGGACGAGUCGGACUCCGACCGCGAGUCGAACGAGCCGCCGGCGGACGUGCGCGCCGCGCGCAAGGCCGUCGAGCGGCUGCGGCGCAUGGGCUGCCGCGUGGCCGUGUUCUCCGGCGGCCCGGUGCACCGCUCCGAGCCGCUCGGUUUGUUGGUCGCGACGCGGAGCGACGGCGCGCGCGACGUUCUAGAUGACGACGCGCUCCGCGCCAAGGUCGGCGACGUUGUGCCGUGGCGGCCCGGUUGUGACGGAGACGACGCGAAACGCGCCUUCGUCGGCGCGGUGCCCCUGGUCGCGCGGUGCGCGCGAUUCUUCCGCGAGGCCGGCUGGGCGCUCGAGGCCCUCGUCUGGAGCGGCUGCGCCGUCUGGUCGACGGACCAGCUGCUCGCCGAGGUCUCGCGCGGGUCCUGGGCGCUCGCGCCGGCGCAGUGGUCGGACGCAUCCGCGGCCGCGGACUCGCGGGGCCUUUGGGGCGACGUCUUGGCGCGCGAAACCGCGCUGCUGCCGCCCGACUCGGCGGACGAGGAUUAAAUCACAACAAUUGUU